AUGGCUUCAACGCAGAGUUUGAAGACACUCGUGGCUUCAAGGCCAACGGCUACUGCAUUGAUCGCUCAUGGGCUACGGCCUCACUGCAAAAUCGCCGCCACCAUCCCCAGAUCCGCGUUCUCGACUACCAACACAAACCUUGCGACCCCCUCCGGCCCACCACCCUCGAACUUCCGACUGCCACACCAGAAACGCUGGGAUGAGAGCAAAGAUACAUCUCUUGACAAAGCCGGCAAUUACUUCCUCCUUACCGAGAUGCUGCGAGGCAUGUACGUCGUUCUCGAGCAAUUCUUCCGGCCACCUUACACCAUCUUCUAUCCUUUCGAGAAAGGCCCUAUAUCGCCCCGCUUCAGAGCGCCAAACGCCGAAUACGCUACUGAGACUCGUGAGGAACUACUUUAUAACAAGGAGAAAUUACUAGCCAAUGGCGACAAGUGGGAGCCCGAGUUGGCUGCAGUGGCCAGGGCCGACGCUCCCUAUCGAUGA